GCCAGCAGCUCGAGCUUGCACACCCCGCAGCGCGAGGAUCAGCAGACAUACGUUCUCUCACACACUCCAGUGCUCUGACUCUGCUACUACGGCAAUAUCCCUGUCAGACGCCUUUGAAUUCACCUUAAAUAUGUCUCCCAUCGUCUACUGUCAACCUGAUCAGGUUAUAAUACACGAUCAACACAGAAAAGGUUUGACUCUAUAGCCAACGGGAUCGCGAGGACUUGAUUACAGUCGCUCUAAGCCUGAGAGUUUGUGUUAGUGCGGCUGCCCCCCCUUCCCCCCUGCUCCGUGCCCUGCUGCUUACCUGGCAUCACCUCUGCCACCCUCUCCGCAGUGAAGGAAAGACCUGGGUGCCAUCUUACAGCUUCUCGGCACAAGUGCGUCUCCCUGAAUUACGUCAGUUCUGAUUAGGCUCAACUUUGAAAAAACUGCCAAAAUGAUUCCCAACGGAUAUUUGAUCUUUGAGGAUGAGAGUUUCCUGGAUUCGACUGUUGCCAAGAUGAACGCCCUUAGGAAGAGCGGCCAGUUCUGCGAUGUCAGACUUCAGGUGUGUGGUCAUGAGCUGAUGGCGCACCGCGCAGUGCUGGCCUGCUGCAGCCCGUACCUGUUUGAGAUCUUUAACAGUGACCUGGAGCCUCAUGGCAUCUCCCAUGUGAAGUUUGAGGACUUGGACCCUGAAGCUGUGGAGAUCCUGCUCAACUACGCCUACACUGCCCAGUUGAAGGCAGAUAAGGAGUUGGUUAAGGAGGUCUACUCUGCAGCCAAAAGGCUCAAGAUGGAAAGAGUGAAGCAGAUUUGUGGAGACUACCUGCUCUCUAAGAUGGACUCCCAGAAUGCCAUCUCCUAUCGCAACUUUGCUAGCAGCAUGGGGGACUCCCGUCUUCUAGCCAAGAUUGACUGCUACAUCCAGGAGCAUCUUCUGGAAAUAUCAGAGCAGGAAGACUUCCUCAAACUGCCCCGCUUGAAGUUGGAGGUGAUGCUGGAGGAUCACCUGACCCUGCCUAGUAACGGGAAGCUGUACUCCAAGGUGAUCAGCUGGGUGCAGCGCAGCUUGUGGGAGAACGGGGAGCCGCUGGAGAGACUGAUGGAGGAGGUGCAAAUGCUGUACUACUCGGCCGAUCACAAGCUGCUCGAUGGGGGCCUGCUUGAGGGCCAGGCUGAGGUGUUUGGCGCUGAGGAUGACCACAUUCAGUUUGUGCAGAAGAAGACCCCACGCGAGAACGUUCACAGGCAGUUGAGCAGCAGCUCCUCCGGCAGCCUCUCCCCUGGCUCGGUCAAACAGCCUUGCAAGCAGGAGUGGAAGUACAUCGCCUCUGAGAAGACCACCAACAGUACAUACCUGUGUCUGGCGGUGCUGAACGGCGUACUGUGUGUGAUCUUCCUUCAUGGGCGGAGCAGUCCCCAGGCCUCGCCCUCAGCCACACCGUGCCUGCAGAAGAGCCUGAGCUUUGAGGCCAAGUCUCUGGACGAGGAACCUGAACGGCUGUUGGCUCCCAUGCACUAUGCUCGCUCUGGCUUGGGUACUGCUGCCCUCAAUGGACGACUCAUUGCAGCAGGUGGUUAUAACCGUGAGGAAUGCUUAAGGACUGUGGAAUGUUACGAUCUGAAGACUGACAGCUGGAGUUUCAUUGCCCCAAUGAGGACACCUCGGGCUCGCUUUCAGAUGGCUGUUCUCAUGGGUCAGCUCUAUGUAAUGGGUGGCUCCAAUGGCCAUUCUGAUGAGCUGAGCUGUGGGGAGACGUAUAACCCAAGCACAGAUGAGUGGACUCAAGUGCCAGAGCUUCGGACCAAUCGCUGCAAUGCAGGUGUCUGCUCUCUGAACAACAAGCUGUAUGUUGUUGGGGGAUCAGACCCUUGUGGGCAGAAAGGUUUGAAGAACUGUGAUGCUUUUGAUCCUGUCACCAAGGAGUGGACCAGCUGUGCCCCAUUAAACAUUAGGAGGCAUCAGGCAGCAGUGUGCAAGUUGGAUGGCUUCAUGUAUGUGAUUGGUGGAGCAGAGUCAUGGAACUGUCUGAACAGUGUUGAGCGCUACAAUCCUGAGAACAACACCUGGACCCUCACUGCCCCCAUGAACGUGGCUCGCAGAGGGGCCGGUGUCGGAAUCUAUGCAGGGAAGCUGUUUGUGGUGGGUGGAUUUGAUGGCUCCCAUGCCUUGAGCUGCGUGGAGGUUUAUGACCCUGCCCGGAAUGAGUGGAGGAUGCUGGGGAGCAUGAACUCGGCGCGUAGCAACGCAGGCGUGGCCGUGCUGGGCGACCUGAUCUUCGCUGUGGGUGGCUUUGACGGCAACGACUUCCUCAACACCAUGGAAGCGUACGACCCGGAGCUGGACGAGUGGAGCGCCUGCGCUGAGGCUUUCACCAGCACCUAAGUACUGGUGGGAGCCUGAGCACAGGGUUGGGGGGCAUGGUGGGGGUAGCAGGGGAGGGGAGAGUUGGGUGUAAACUGUCUCAAACUAACAGGCUUAGUGACGUAAUCGUGCUUCGUGAUGUGUAUGUGAGCGGGUUGGGGUUGGGCUUGAAGAUGGGGAAGGGGAGGAGGCAGGGAAUCACGGGAGUCUUCAGUGAAGACUGACUACUUACUUUGCAAGUGGGUGGGCUGGGGAGGGUUUCAGGUUCAUUGGGGGUUGCAGAAAGCAACUUAAAGCUUUUGCAUAUUGCAUACAAUAUUUUUUUGUGUUGUACAUAUUAUUGUGUUAUUUCUUUUCAACAUGUUUUUGCUUUAAUUUACAAAGAAUGCCAACCUUUAUUGCACAUUGAGUGUACUUUUUUUCUUUUGAGCUGAAAAGGUUUGGAUUUUUGGUGUUUGGGAUUUCCAGCAACGAAAAUAAAUGGAGUUACUGACCACCGUGAGUGGCAGUAACCAAGUUGGCAUUGUUCGUCAGCAGGAUUAAUUGGUUGAAUUGAUUUAAAGAGGUAAUUCAGUUGAAUUAGAUUUUAUUUUCUUUGGAUUUUGUAAUAUUAGCUCACGUAUUGAUGCUCUGUGGUUAUAUAAAAGCCUUAUUCAACAAAAGAUGAUCACACAUAGCUUUCCUUUUAGCAUUACCCAUUAUGUGGGAUUGCUUUACCAAUCUUUAAUGAUGGCCUUUUUUAUAUUUUUGAUACACUGCUGAUUAACUUAUAGCUAGAUAGAUGAGCUAGGAGAUGCAGAUAACUCGAGUUAUGAACUUUAAUCGGUGCCAGUUUAGUUACACAAGUGUAUACAUGAAUGCGUACACACUUUCUUGACCAUGUUUCAAUGUUCCUGCUCACUAGAAUAUUUUGUUACUGCAAUUUUGACUAACUCAUCGUUGAUAUGUUGUUUUUGUUUUUUUUUCUGAACACCUUUUUUAAUCUUUCUUGUGUUAAGAAUUUCAAAAGGAAAACAGUUCUCCAAGGCUUUGUUUUCACAGUAGACAAAAUAGGGGGUGAAAUUCUGUAUCCCAUUUAUUACAAACUGAUAUUUCUUAACUAAUAAAUCAUUUCAACCUGUGAA